UGCUCUAUUGUAAAUUGUAUUUUGUUAUAUGUAUUUAAUAUUACAUAUUUUUAUUAUACAUUUAUACCCAUAAGAGUUAUAUUAUUUUAUAAUUUACCAAAAAUAUUAACGUGAUGUGUGUGUUGGAACAAUCGAAUAAUUAUUAAUUACAAUUAUAUAUUGUAAUUUAUCGAUUACUGUGUGGCGUGUGCGCUUUUGACUUUUGAUAUUUCGCACACGUUUCGUGUUGUUUUUUGAUUUGUACGUUUCAAAUUUUUUACGUCCAAACUGACGCGUGCCUCUUUCGGUGGUCAUACUAGUGUUGUACGAAUGUGAAUUAUUUGAAAUAUAAUUAUUGUACCUAGUAUUGAAUACUAUUGUCUAUAAUCAUUACCAGAGAACAACUUCGACAAUGGAUUACUGAUUAACCAUAACAAUACCGUGUCGCGUGUUCCCAGCGCGAGUCUAAUCGUCGUUCAAUGGAGGCCAUGAAGACAUCUUCAAUCAGUUAGAACGAAAACCAAGAUUCCAUAUCAACCGUUGUCGUCCUCAUAGAGAAACAUGGACAAUCCCGAAGCAACUGAAAACUCUAUAUGUGAAACGUCCCAACAACAGUUACCACCCAUUGAAAAUAACUGUCAGCCAGUUGAAAAAGUAUUGUUGAACAAUGAUUAUGCAGAACCUUCAAACAUAGUAGAUCAAAUUAGUAAUUCCGAAAACCAAAUACCUGUGGACUCAACUGGUGUCAGUUCUCAAAAUGCAAAUGUUAUUGCUGAACCGGGUACAAUUGUUCCAACCGAUAAUUCUAUGCCACCUCUUCCACCACUUCCUAAAAACGAAAAUGGACAAUUGCCACAACCACCAGCAGCACCAAACCAGGCUGAUUACAACAUGCAAAACUAUGCAAACUACAAUAAUUAUAUGUACAACUAUAACAAUUAUUAUGGCUAUCCUUAUCCUCAAUACCAAUGGGAUUAUAACAGUCAACAAUAUUAUCAACCAUAUCAAAAUUAUUACAAUUAUAAUUUUAAUCAAGCAAAUCAAACCCAAACAUCAAAACCACCUCCACCACCACCUGAUUCUGUACAAUUACCAGUUGAAGAGAAGCCAGCUAAUAAAACAAACACUGCAGUUGACGACUCUAAUAGAUAUUCUCCUACGGCAGAAACUGACGAUGAUGAUCCUAUGAAAGGAUUAUCUGAAAACUAUAAACCUGAUGUUCUUAUUGAAAAACCUACACAAACUACAAAUGCUGCCCCCUUUGAAACGGUGACAUCUGAACUGAUUGAGGAGCAACAUAACAUACCAGAGAACAUUGAAAAUAUAAUUCAACAGACCAUCGACCCCACAACCCUGUCUAUGAUUACACCAGAGCAACAGCGAGUACCUAUGAUUGCCCAGGUGCAACCAUACAAUAGCCAGGUUCAACAACUUAGCUAUCAAAUUAAUCCUCAAAGUCAAAUGCAAUUAACUGAAACAGUUAACGAGGUAGUAAAUCAACAGCAAACCUCACCUGCAAUGAACGGCAAAGAUGACUCCAUUGAGAAAGUGUCCAAAGCAUCAACGGUUUUGGGUAAAUCCCAAGCCAAAAAACGCCUGAUGGCAUUUUCAAUGAUGAAACAAAAGUUACAAGAACAGAAUAAUUCAGUUAUUGAUAAUCAGAGUUCAGACAUUGGAGAAGGAAAUGACGUGGAAUUUGUACCGGAACACAAUGUUUUUCAAACAGUUACAAAGAAAAAAGUUGUUACUAAUAAAAAAGUUGCUAAAGUUAUCAAGGCUCAACAAACGAUUGAACAAAUUGAAGAAAUGAAGAAAGAUGAACUGUUACAAGGAAAUAAUGCAGCUUUAUAUCAACAUCUUUUAAGAAGUGGUGGCAAUGAAGCUCCAAUCCUUCAGAAACUUGGUAUAGAGUCAUUGGCAGAAAAAUAUUCAGCUAAGAUAAGAGAACAGGAUAAGCGCUCAAGUAGACACCAUCACAGGCGUCGAGAUGAAUCUAGAAGAGGCCACAAAUAUCGUCGUCGUUCACAUUCAAAAUCCAGGUCUAGGUCAAGAUCAACAGAAAAGCCAAAGAUGCGAGCCCUAGAAGUCAAGAGUUGGAAAGAUUUUGUCAAGGGUGGAUUUCAUUUUGACAGAUUUAGAAGAUUCAAAAUGGAUGAAGCUGAGGAAAUAAAAGAUAAAGAGCGGAAGUCUAGAAAAAAGAAAAGGCACGGAGACUCAAGAUCUGAUGGCAAAAACCAUAAAAAUGAAUCUAACAUACUAUCCGAAACAGAAAAAGGAACCGGAGAUCAGAAAUUACGCCACAACUUAUUAGAUCGCAAAAAAGAAAUUCUUAAGGGUCUUGAGGUCAACACACACGAAGGAGACUUUACUAAGGAUUUCCCCAGUUACAUUAUUCGAUGCACUAAAAAUAAGCCAUCCAUAAAGUUUAGUGAAAAUCCAGCAAAUGCCACUUAUCAUCUUCAGAACAGACAACAAAUGUUAGCCACACUUCUUCCAGAAAUUGAAGCAAUUGUACUCAAGUUCUUAUCUGCAAUGAAACCAAAAAAGCUUAAAGAAAACUGUUAUGCUGACAAUUACUAUAACAACAUAGAUGAAAAACUUUUAGUUAUGAUGAAAGAUAAAAAUAUUUAUCCAUUCAAAGGUUGGUGGCCCAAAACAAGUUUUAUUAUUACUCAAGUCAAAGAAGAUCCAAAUAUUGAAAUAGAUGAAGAUGUAUUUAUGAAUGAAAUUACAACUAGUAAACGAACCAAAAAAUCUAGAUUUAAUGAUGAUACAUCUCAUGUUGAAUUAAGGCCUACUGUUCCAUCCAAAUGGGAUAGUGAUUAUGACGGUAGUCCAGCUGCUGAGAAUAAAAUAGCGUAUGUUGGAGUAACUCAAAGUGAAGAAAUUAAUACUAAUGAUAAUGUCUGCACAAUCCAAAGAGAAGAAAACAAUCUUUUGGACAUAAGCCACCAGGAAGAAGCAAUGGACACUGCUUCUGAUGUUGGCGAAGAUGAACCAAAGAUUGAAGUUAACGUUUGUCCAGCUCUACCUGUUCAGGAUCAAGAACCACAAGGACAUACUAAAUUGAAUACAGAAUAUGAAGAAUUUUUGAAAAUUGUAAAAGUUGAUAAAGUGGAAAGUGAACCUGCUUCUAUUAUAACUACUCAAAAAGAUAAUGAAAACAACCUAUCAAUGAAGUCUUCAUCAUUGAAUGAUGAUUCUAUACAAGACGAGUCUGAUGAGUAUAUGUCCACUAAGUCUUCAGUAGAAUCUGGUUCAUUACAAAAUGUUGUUGAAGAGUCUGAUUCAAAUGAUAAAAUAUUUAUUGAAGAAUUACCUCAUAUUGAUUUAAAGUUAAGAAGUAAGAAAAAAUCAUCUAGUAAAAAGUCUAGAUCAUUUAAGAAUAAAGAAAGUAAAAAGAAAAGGCAUAAAUCAAGUUCCAGUGAAAGUUCACAAGAUUCAGAAACAGAAAGUGAUAGUAGUUCGGAUGAUAGUGAUUCUGAAUCAUCUGAUUCAACCUCUACAGUUGAAAAAAAGAAAAAAAAGAAAUCAAAAAAUAAGAAGAAAAGAAAAACCAAAACAAAUUACAAAAAGAAACACAGGGGUGAUAAGAAUAAGACCAAAAGUCCCGAAGAUGAAAAAGAUGCUAAUAGUAGUAUAAUCAACUUAAUUGAAAAAGCAUUGAAUGUUGAAAUUAAAAAGAGACCUUCAGAUAGUAAAGAACCUAAACAGAAAAAGAAGAAAAGAAAACACGAGAAAAAUAAACAUAUAGCAAAUGAAGAGAAUGAUGACAAAUUUGAAAAAGUUAAGGAUUGUUUAAAAGAAACAAUUACAAAAUUGGUUAAAACUGAAAAAGUAAAUAAAAACCAAUCUCUUUCAUGUGAUGACACUGUCAUUGAAGUAUUGAAAUAUUUAAAUGAUAAAGAAAAAAAGAAUAAAAAAUCAAAGAAAAGUUUGAAAAGAAAGCAUGACUCAGAUAUUUCUGACGAUGAGAAAACUCCCAAAAAAUCUAGAUUAGUUGAUAGUUGUUCAAAACCUAAAGUUAAUGAAAAGAAAAAAAAGAGUAAAAAAAAGAAAUCUGUCGAUUCAGAUGAAUAUAUGACAAAAAAAAAGUCUAAAAAGAAAUCUAAAACUACUGAUACUUCAGAGGCUGAAGAUGUAGAGGUGUUAAUCCAAAAUAAAAGUAAUGAUUCAGUUCAGUUUUUUGAAUUGCGACCCAAUGAGUGGAACAUAAUUAAAAAAAGUUCCAGGAGGGGAGUCGUCCAUCACUCGGAAGUAGAAAAUAAAAAUAAAACAUCACCUGUACAUAACACUAUAAAACGCAAUGAAAACAUUAAACAAAAAAAAUCUGAUUCCCUUGGUUCAAUCGAAAAAUAUUCUCCUACAAAUAUAACUAAAAACAAUUGUGAAAUACCGAAAUUGCUUGAUGUAUUUAAAGAACACGUCGUGGAAAAAGAAAGAAUAAAACAAUUGUUAAAGCCCAACAAAAUUAUCAAAAGCGAUAAAAUUGACAAUGUUUCAAAAAAUAUAGUUGAAGAAAAAAUAUUAAUCAAUUUUACAAACUCUGACAGUGAACCUAAUGAAGAAGUAGAGAAGUGUAUUGAAGAAAAUGAUGAAAUGUCAAACAAAUCUGCUGACAAGUGUCCUAAUGAUAUAUUUAAACUUAAAAAUGAUUUACAACAAUCAAUAUUUUUGAAAAAUGAUAAUAGUGAACAGCAUAACAUGGAUAAAGAUCUUGAGAGUAAUUUUAAACCCCAAACCCAAAGCACACCACCAAUUGAUCCCUAUGAUAAACCUCAUAUUACUUGUACUACUAUUAAAGCUGUUACAGAAACAAUAUCGUAUAGAGACAAAGUAAAAAUGAAUUUAAAGAAGCUUUCAUCUUGUCAAAAUAUACCGUUUGUAUUUGGAUUUUCUUCUCCAAUUAGCCUUAUUAAAUCGAACAAUUUUAUAUUUGAUAAAAGCAAAGAUCUUAAAGUGACCAAAGAAAAAGAAAAAUCUAAUGAAGAUGAACGAAAAGUAGACGAUCCAAAAAUUAAUGAAACACAACUUUCAGAGUCUGAUAAACCUAAAGUAAUUAAUCUUUCUCCAACACAAAUGGAAAUCCCGGAUGUAACCAAAAAAGAAUUACAUAAAAACAAUAUUGAAACUAAUGACAAAACAUUAGAUCAUAGUUAUGAUUGGGAUGACUCUGAAGAAUCCGAUACUGACCAAUCACUAAUUACAAGCACUAAUUCAUCAGAACAUUCAAGUGAUGAAGGAGAAAGUGAACAAAUUUAUUCAAAUUUAUUGAAAAAUGACUCACCAAAUAUAUGUAAUAUAAAUGAAACAUUCUCAAAUUAUAGUGAAUCUAAAGAACUUGAGGAAAUUGAAUCUAAUGUGUUUGAAACAAAUAGUAGUUCUGAGUCAGUAAUUAAAGAAAAAGAACUUCCUUUAGAAGUUGAACAUUUUCUUAUUGAGAAACAAAUAACUACUUCGUCAAAUUUUGCUGAUUUCUCUAAACAAAAUUUAGAUUAUAAUACUGAAGGUUUACAAAAUGAUGUUAUAUCAGUUAAAAUGGAUGAAAAAGAUUCAGAUCCUGUGUACUCUCAAAGGUCUAGCAUCGAUAUAAUAGAAGUUACUAAAUCCAACAAUGAACUAAUUACCCAAUGGACGUCAGAUUGGAUUAAUUUGGAUAAGUCAGUUACUGAAAUUAAUCAUUCAAGCAAUUCUAAAUCUGGGGAUGAAGAAUUACAACUAAAGAAGAAAUCGCGUUGGGACGAACAACCCAUGGAUAAUUCAAUUAGCAAAUCACAGAAGCUUAAUAAUGGACAGGAAGAGUAUAAGUAUGAAACUGAAACAAACAACUUAACUCAUGCACCAAAAGAUACUAAUUAUCCAACUAACAAUGAAGACGACCUUUAUAAUGAACAAAAUCAAACAUGUGAAAUAAUGUCAAUAAAUUGCAUGAAUGAUUAUAAUGAAAUUAAUCCUUAUGUUUAUGAUGAUUAUUCUCAAACUUAUGAACAAUAUAGUGGUAUACCUAUGUAUUCUGAAAUGAAAACUAUUGACCAUGAUUUACUAAGUCCAGUUGACUAUAGUGUGUAUGAAAACUUUAAUCCUAAUUAUAAUUACCAUACUGAAGAUUACGAAAUGUGGAAAUCUGUAGAUACAGAUACAUCUGAAUAUGGGAUGAUAAAAGCAAUUCCAACAACUGAUGAAACAGUUUCACACUUGAUCGAUGUUUUUGAAAAUGUUCCUUCUGAAAAUAUUUCUAUUGAUCAAGUUGAAUUUUUACAAGAGGAAGUACUAAAUGAAAACACUGAUACUAUUAUUUCAGACCCUCAGGAGGAAAUUGUCAAAAAUGAAAAAUCAGAUAGUGCAAGUCAUGAUGAACUAUUUGUCAAACUGUAUCAUCAACAUUUUCAACAUUACAAUCAAAAUCCAAUUAAAUACUCACUGAGUGAUCCUGUUAUAAUUAGUACAGACAAUGUCGAAGUGAAUUUUCCAGAUAUUUCGACAUCUCAAGAAAAGUUGUCAGAAAUUGAUCAAAAAUCUGAUGAUAUAAUUUCCAUACCUUUACAAGCCCGAGCAUAUGUAUGUAUACUUGAAGACGAUAAUACCAAUCUUUAUCUCACCAGUGACAACUACAUGGCAUAUUGUGCUGUUGAGGAUAGAUGUAUGGUGCACAUAUCUGUAAAUGCAUGUAGCCGUGAUGGAGUUGGGAAUGAUGUCAGACAUUGUUUUAAUGUAAGCUUAAAUGGAUCAAUACAUGAGUAUUGGUUGCAUGCAGAUUUAAUUCCAUUUCAUGUUCCAUCUGAUGCUGAGUCAGGUGUGUUCAGUGAUGACGAGAUGGACUCUUUGGAUUCAGAUUCUGGUCAUGAAGAGGAUGUAGAUAAUGACAAUAAUGAAAAUGAUGAUCAUAUUAUUGAAAGUGAAUGGGAAUUAGUUGACAACAUUCAUGACAAUGUCAAUAGCUGGCUGGAUGAACCAUACAUACUUAAAAAAUAUAAUAUAGAACAUGAUGAUAGUCAUAUCAAUCAAGAGCAUUAUGUGACUAGUUCUUCGGAAUGUGACACAGAUGGAAGUGAAUUUUCAGAUUCUUAUGUUGAAAUGUUUAACGAUAAACAAAAUAUUAAUGAAAAUCAUUUUCACAAGUCACAUGAAACUAAAGAUGAUAAACACAUAUACCAAAAUGUGUUCGAUGUAGUGACGCCUACAAAUGUUUCUGAAAAUACUGAAAAUUCUGAUUUAUUAGUAGAAACUGAUGAGUGUAUAAAAUCAUCGGAACAAUUAGUUUUGGAUGUUGAAAUUAAAAAUGAUAUGUUGGAGGUUAAUGAGAAUAAUCUAACUUCAAAAAUAAAAUCAGGGAACAAUGAUGUCUUGGGGGACUUGGUAGAAAAAGUAAACAAUGACAACGCCUCAGUAAUGUUAGAAGAAAACGAAAACAACUAUGAAAAUGAAUCAGGCUUAUGUAUGAAAGAAGAAGUUACUGUUGCUGACCUUUCCAUGAUGGAUACUAUUAUUAAUCAAAAGAUAUUAAUUCAGAAAUUAAAAAUUCGUGCAAAAGAAAAGGUUCGUGAGAAACUGCCCGACACAAUAAUGAUUCGCUAUAGCGACAAUAUGGAGACCAUUAAAUAUCCAUUCUUAGGACUGUUUCAGCCACCGACUAACAGUAUCCUAUCUAAACCAAGAUCUACUAAACCAACACGCACUUCAAACUUGUCUAAACGUGUGACUUUUGCUGAUGGAAUCCGUCCUGGAGACAAUUUGGCAGCAUCUCCAACGCACGACGAUGUCGGUCGCCCAUUAUCACCUCCCCCUCUUAAAAGAUUAAUGAGGGAAACAUUAAAAUUCAAACGUAACAUGUAUCCAUUUAAAAAAACAAAGGUACGCACCAAAUUGACAAUGGUAAAAAAGAAAGUGGCCAAAGUAACACCUUCAAUUAAGGAAACCAAUCCAUCGGUUAUUGAGUAUUAUAUCAGUCGUCGUCGUCUUGGAGACUUGCCUAUUGGAGAAACCCCCAAUAGUAGUUUCUUAAGUUCCAAUCAUUCAUCAAAUACUAAUAAUGAGAGUACGGAAAAGAUGUCUACACCACCCAGACCCACAAGAGAAGUCACUCCAGUGCCAUCUGAUACUGAGUGUUGGAAUGAUGACGAUACAAUUAAAAACAACAGAUAAUAAUUCAAGAUUAAAUUCUAGCUUUGUAGAAGAGUGAAAUAAUAGAAUAUCAACCUAUGCCUUUAGUUCAAUGUUAUAUAAAUAUAUAUAUACAUGUAUUUA